AUGACAAUUUAUGCCCUAGGAGAGAAUCUUGGGAAAGAUCCAGAAGAAGUAAAGCUGCAAAAUGCCAGUAAACAGAUUGUAGAAACUGUAAUUCUUCAAGCAGUUCAACAAAUCUCUCAAGAAGAACUAAAGGAGAACAGACAAAACAGAAAUGCUGGUGAAAUAUUGGCAGCAAGGAGAAGUAAUGAAGGCCAUGGGAAGAAAUAAAGCAGUGGGGCCAUGUCUCAAGUCUUGCACUAUAGCUGUAAUAGCGCUUUGCCUUCUUAGUCACAGGAGCACUUGCAGAGCAAUUUUAUCUUCCAGCAAACCAAAGCAUUAUUCGACUAUAGGACCGCCUGUGAUAGUUAAAAGCAGCUCUUGCUGUGAAACAUUUUUUUUUGCCUUGUACACAAAGAGAACAAUUCCCUGGUGACACAGCACCUCUUAAAUCCAAGUAAAAGAAAUGGAUA